UCUCCUCAAUCAUCAUCAUCAUCUCCGAUCCGAUCUGCUAAUCCGCGUUUUAUCUCAGAAGAGAGGGCUUCCGAUAUCCCUGUAAUCAAACAUGUCUACCUUCAGCGGCGACGAAACUGCUCCCUUCUUCGGCUUCCUUGGCGCCGCCGCCGCCCUUGUUUUCUCAUGCAUGGGCGCGGCCUAUGGGACUGCAAAGAGCGGGGUGGGUGUGGCCUCCAUGGGAGUGAUGCGACCGGAGCUCGUCAUGAAAUCGAUUGUCCCAGUUGUUAUGGCUGGAGUUUUGGGCAUCUAUGGGUUGAUUAUAGCCGUUAUUAUUAGUACCGGCAUAAACCCUAAGGCCAAAUCUUACUAUCUUUUCGAUGGUUAUGCCCACUUAUCAUCUGGUCUUGCUUGUGGCCUUGCUGGCCUCUCUGCCGGUAUGGCAAUUGGGAUUGUGGGAGAUGCUGGAGUUCGGGCUAAUGCACAGCAGCCAAAGCUGUUUGUGGGUAUGAUUCUCAUCCUCAUCUUUGCUGAAGCGCUUGCUCUUUAUGGCCUGAUUGUCGGCAUCAUUCUUUCAUCCCGAGCAGGCCAAUCUCGGGCAGAGUAAAGGAGUUGAAGACUGGCAUUUUUCUUGGAGUACUUAAAUUAUUUUUAAAACGUGGAUCACAUACUCCUACUGGAUGGUUAUAUGAAGACUUCAGAGGUCCACCUGAUGUCACUGUUGGACCUUUUGUAUAUUGAGUUUUAUUCAAAAUUCCCCAGAAUUGCACUCUAUGCUGAUAAAUUACAUUGCCCUUUAUGGAGCAUUAAAGAAAACCUGACUGAUGAUUGUGAUGAUUCUCGUUAUGGAUGAUUUCACAGAGAUUUCUUGUUUUAGCA